CACAAGUGAAUAAAGCCACUCAAAGCCCAGGCAGCUCUCUCUCUCUCUCUCUCCAUCUCCAAUGGCCGCAAUUGAAGUAGCGAAUCUAGGGUUUCGAUGGACACCAUUGCCUGCGAUCUCACCGUUCAAUCCAAGAACUCGCGGUCUCCGAUUUCGCCAAGCUUUCGAGUCCUCUCGCAGUCGCAGCAGAUUCGUUGUUCUUCGCCCACCUUCGUGUUCUCUCGUAGAUGAACAACAAGAGGUUUUGUUCACUCAACAAGAAAAUUCACUCAUCGAAGCCCUAAUCGGCCUUCAAGGACGAGGUCGAUCUGCUUCUCCUCAGCAACUCCAAGAUGUUGAAAGUGCGGUGAAAGUCCUGGAAGGUUUUGAAGGGGUGCCUGAUCCGACAAACUCUAGUUUAAUUGAAGGUCGCUGGCAAUUAAUGUUUACAACAAGACCUGGAACUGCUUCCCCAAUUCAGAGAACAUUUGUUGGCGUUGACAACUUCAGUGUAUUUCAAGAGGUAUACCUUCGAACGAAUGACCCACGCGUGUCCAACAUUGUUAGAUUCUCUGAUCUGAUAGGCGAGUUGAAAGUAGAGGCUGCUGCAUCAAUCAAAGAUGGAAAACGAAUCCUAUUCCAAUUUGAUAGGGCAGCCUUUUCUUUCAAAUUUCUGCCAUUUAAGGUUCCAUAUCCAGUACCGUUCAGGCUUCUUGGAGAUGAAGCAAAAGGUUGGUUAGACACUACAUAUUUGUCCAAUUCAGGAAACCUCCGUAUUUCAAGAGGAAACAAGGGCACCACAUUUGUGCUGCAAAAGAAAACUGAACCGAGGCAAAAAUUGCUAUCAGUGAUUUCAACGGGUACAGGAGUGAGAGAGGCAAUCGAUGAGUUUAUCUCCUUAAAUCAAGAUGUAGCUGAAGGUGAACCAAGACUCGCAGAGGGAGAAUGGCAAAUGAUAUGGAGUUCCCAGCAAGAGACGGAUAGUUGGUUAGAGAAUGCUUCCAAUGGCCUUAUGGGCAUGCAGAUUGUUAAGGCGAAUGGACAAUUAAAAUUUUUGGUUGACAUAUUUCUUGGCCUCCGGUUCUCCAUGAAUGGCACAUUUGUGAGAUCUGGCACCAACAUAUAUGAUGUUACAAUGGAUGAUGCGGCUAUCCUGGCUGGCCCUUUUGGACUUCCAGUAGAGAUGGAAAGCAAGUUCAAGUUGGAGUUGCUAUACACGGAUGACAAGCUCAGAAUUACUCGGGGGUAUAGCAAAAUUAUUUUCGUCCACUUACGUGCGGAUGGAUCCAAGCAGAAAUAGAGUAUUUGAAUCAACCUGAAGAAAAUCUGUUGCCUUUCACAUACAUGCGGUGCUAUCAAUUGGUGUAAACCUUAAAUGAUAAGUAAAUGUCAGGUAAAACUGAAACACUGUUGUGGUGGCACCAUGGCAAGCACUGUUUUUUAAAAUUAUGCUCAUACAUUGGAAUCAAUUAUUUGACCACAAGAGCUUAUCUUGUUAAGAAUAGUAUUUGCAGUUAUGGCA